AUGCGGGAAGGGUCGGCGCUGCCCGGCGCCCCCGGCGCCGCCGCCCCGGUGCCCGGCUUCCUGGCCAAGCUCUGGGCGCUGGUGGAGGACCCGCAGAGCGACGAUGUCAUCUGCUGGAGCAGGAAUGGUGAGAACUUCUGCAUUCUGGAUGAGCAGAGGUUUGCCAAGGAGCUACUCCCCAAGUACUUCAAGCACAACAAUAUCUCCAGCUUCAUACGACAGCUUAACAUGUAUGGUUUCAGGAAGGUGAUUGCUCUGGAGAAUGGUAUGAUUACAGCAGAGAAGAGCUCAGUCAUUGAGUUCCAGCACCCUUUCUUCAAGCAAGGGAAGGCACAUUUACUGGAAAACAUCAAGCGCAAGGUAUCUGCAGUAAGAACUGAGGAUCUCAAGGUCUGUACGGAGGAUUUGCACAAAGUACUCUCUGAAGUGCAGGAAAUGAGAGAGCAGCAGAACAACAUGGAUGUCAGACUGGCUAACAUGAAGAGAGAAAAUAAGGCCCUGUGGAAAGAAGUGGCAGUUCUAAGGCAGAAGCACAGUCAACAACAGAAGCUGCUGUCUAAGAUUCUUCAAUUUAUACUAAGUUUGAUGCGAGGAAAUUAUAUUGUUGGGGUCAAAAGAAAAAGGUCUCUAACGGAUGCUGCAGGUGCUUCACCUUCCAAAUACAGUCGUCAGUAUGUUCGCAUACCCGUGGAGAGUGGCCAAGCAAUGGCUUUUUCUGAACAUAAUGCAGAUGAUGAGGAUGGAAAUGGUACAGGUCUCAUCAUUCGAGAUAUCACUGAUACCCUGGAAAAUGCCACCGAUGGUCUCCUUGCUGUGGCACACACAAGUGGCAGAGCCAGAGAGACACAGGCAGCUCUGGAUCCUGGCUUACCUAUUUGUCAAGUAUCGCAGCCAAAUGAGUUAAAUUGUGCAGAGGCUAUCCCACCAGUUCAUAUAAAUGAUGUCAGCAAAUCCAGUGAAAUAGAAAAUGUUGCUGUGGAACUCCAUACUGCACAACCUAGUGCUCCAGAAGACCCCGUGUCAGUGAUUGACUCCAUCUUGAAUGAGAACAACUCUGGAAACCAAAAUGAUCCUUUACUGGACAGAGAAGAAAUUCAGGAUUUUCUUAAUUGCAUUGAUGCCAGCCUUGAAGAGCUUCAAGCAAUGUUAUCUGGGAAGCAGUAUAACUUUGGUUCUGAAGCUUUCAGCGAUACACUUAAUCCUGAGCUGCCAGCCCUGGAUAUGAGCUUGAUGGAAACUUCCCCGGGUAUGGAAAAUAUUGCGAACUUGGCAGAGAGCACUGAAGAUCUGGGAGCGAGUGAGAGAGAAACAGCAGGAAGCAAAGAUAUGCAGCUGAUACAGUACAGGGCCAAUCCUCUGCUUUCAUUAUUUGAAGAGCUACCUUCAAGUGAAGCUGCAGGGAGGACAGAGGACCCAAGAGACCUUCUGCUGCCUCCCCCGGAGGAGAAACCUGCUCUUCAUCCGCCGUCAGGUAGCGGAACUGCCUUGCCUCUAACAGCUCCAGCAAGCCAGGCUGAGCCUCUGGAUGCUCUAGGCAUGGGUGAUCCACCUCUCCUCUCGGAAGACGGGAAUGGAGAGUAUAAACUGUUUCCACUCUUGCUCCUCAGUCCUGUUGCUAACUUCAUAGAAGAGGCCUCUGAGAUAGAAACUUCUUGAACGCACAUAACAUCUGUAGCUGGCUUAGUGGUGUGAAAUAGACAACAAAGAAAUGGAUCAGUGAGAAGUUUGACCUCUCUCCUCACCUGCCUCCUGGGUGUCAUACUCUGCAUAGACAAAAGAAUGUUCUCUUUCUACAAGCAAAGAGCACAUCUGGAAAAACUGAAAACAAGCUCAAAACAAGAGCUGGUGGGAGUGAAGGCACUGGGCGAAGGGGAAGAACAACCUCCCUGUAAACAUACCGCAAUGUAUUCCGUAACUUUUUAUCUGGUAUCCUUGUUGCAAGAGGAAAUCUGUUUGUAUCCUGUUUGUAAAGUUUGGCUGGGUUUUUUUGUUGUUUUCUUUUUUUUUAUUAGCUGGAUAGUAAUGUGGUGUGUAAAAUUUUAAACAUGGGUUUUACUCUUUCUGAGAGCCUGUUUCAAUA